UCUCAUUCGGAGAAGAACACGAGAUUGACACAAAGCAGAGAACGGAAGUGGCCGUUUCAACGGCCACCUCCACGUCAGCAUCAACGCCCUGUUACCCACCACCACCCUUACCACCUCUUAUUUUCCCAAAAAAAAAAAAAAAUGAAGAGAAAAAUAAAGCACAGAGGAACAAACCCUGGAAUCUCUGUGCCCGAAAAAAUAGAGAGAACCCUCCAUAUAUUAUUUUUAUUUUUAUUUUAAAUUUAAAUAAAUAAAUAUUCGCGAACCCGAUUUUGUUCUCUUGACAGCUUCAAUUGUUCUCGACUCCGAAAGCUCCACCGUUGAAAAACGGAAGAUGCAGCACAACAUCUUCAACUCCAUUCGUAGCAUGAAAAUCAUGGACGCUUGUAAGGGCACGCAGGUCCACGCGCUCAAACCCUCCGCCACCGCCACUGCUGCCGCUGCCGAUCGGAGCUCAGUCAGUGCAGCUGAUAAACUGCUGCACACUUCGCUCGACCAUUCCAAAACCCCGACCGGUCGAACCAAAACGGUUUCGAUUACAGCUUCCAGACACGACGCUGUUUCGGAGACUCUUCUCCCGUGCGGGCUUCCGGCUUCAGAGCUUCUGGAACCUUCGAUUGAGCCUUCCUUGAAGCCCUUGGACUUUGUGGAAACCCUCGCCCGCGUGCAUCGGAGGGCUGAGAGUUGCGAAGCGCUCGAGAAAUCCGAGGUGUAUUUGGAGCAAUGCGCGGUAUUGCGUGGCCUGCCGGAUCCGAAGCUGUUCCGCCGGGGGCUGCGUGAGGCUCGGAGGCACGCGGCGGAGGUGCACGCGAAGGUUGUACUGGCUUCGUGGCUGAGGUAUGAGCGGAGAGAGGAUGAGCUUGUGGGAUCGAAUUCGAUGGAUUGCUGUGGAAGAAACCUUGAGUGUCCCAAGGCUAGUUUGGUCCCCGGGUAUGAUCAUGAAUCGGUGUUUGAUCGUUGUACGUGUUUUCGUAGAGAGAUAGUUAGUGAUUGUGUUGUUCGUAGUCAGGAAUGCGAACGAGAGUGUUCCACUUCGAGUGAAUAUGUUGAUGGUAGUGGUGAUCGUGAUGGUGAAGAUGAUGAUGAUGUGUUUUUCUGCAUUGGUGAUAGUGAAAUUAGUUGUAGAAGGUACUCUAUGGCUGCACUUUCAAGGCCGUUUGAGACAAUGUUGUGUGGUGGAUUUCUUGAGUGUAGAAGGGAGAAGAUAAAUUUCUCUAUGAAUUGUGUUUCUGUUGAGGCAAUGAUGGCUGUUGAGGUUUUUAGUAGAACCAAGAGGCUGAGUGAGUUUCCUCCUAAUGUUAUUCUGGAGAUGCUUUCUUUUGCGAACAAGUUUUGUUGUGAGGAGAUGAAGCAUGCUUGUGACACGCAUUUGGCUUCUCUGGUUUUGGAUAUGGAUGAUGCGGUGUUGCUGAUUGAGUAUGGACUGGAGGAGACUGCAUAUCUGCUUGUGGCGGCUUGCUUGCAGGUGUUUCUGAGGGAGCUUCCUGGUUCGUUGCAGCGAUGGAGUGUUAUGAAGUUGUUUUGUAGUCCUGAGGGUAGGGAUAGAUUGGCCCUUGUGGGGCACGUGUCGUUUGUGCUGUAUUAUUUUUUGAGUCAAGUUGCGAUGGAGGAAGAAUUGACGUCUAACAUGACAGUGAUGCUCUUGGAAAGAUUGGGAGAGUGUGCGGUGGAGGGUUGGCAGAAACAACUUGCUUAUCACCAAUUGGGAGUUGUUAUGCUUGAGAGAAAGGAAUACAAAGAUGCACAACGUUGGUUUGAGGCUGCUGUGGAGGCAGGACAUGUUUAUUCUUUAGUGGGCGUUGCAAGGGCCAAGUAUAAGCUUGGUCACGUGUCUUCGGCAUAUGAGAUGAUAAACUCCCUUACAGAAAAUUACAAACCAGCUGGUUGGAUGUAUCAGGAGAGGUCUUUAUAUUGCACUGGGAAAGAGAAAAUGUUGGACUUGCUCUCUGCAACUGAAUUGGAUCCAACUCUUUCUUUUCCAUACAAAUACAAGGCUGUUUGUUUGCUGGAGGAGAAUAAGAUUGGAGCUGCCAUUUCUGAAAUUGAUAAAAUAAUUGGUUUCAAGGUAUCUCCGGACUGCCUUGAGUUGAGAGCUUGGUUUUUGAUUGCUAUGAAGGAUUAUGAAGGAGCCCUCAGAGAUGUCAGGGCAAUUUUGACGCUGGAUCCAAAUUAUAUGGUGUUCUAUGGGAAUAUGCAUGGUGGUCACUUGGUAGAACUCCUCCGCCCUGUUGCUCAGCAGUGGAGCCAGGCUGAUUGCUGGAUGCAAUUGUAUGACAGAUGGUCAUCUGUCGAUGAUAUUGGUUCUUUGGCUGUUGUACACAAAAUGUUGGAAAAUGACCCUGGGAAAAGUAUCUUACGCUUCCGUCAAUCACUCCUUCUAUUGAGGUUAAAUUCUCAGAAGGCAGCCAUGCGCAGUUUGCGUCUAGCAAGAAAUCAUUCAUGUUCAGCUCAUGAAAGACUUGUCUAUGAAGGAUGGAUAUUGUAUGACACUGGUUAUCGUGAAGAAGCGUUGGCAAAAGCUGAGGAGUCCAUUUCUAUUCAAAGGUCAUUUGAAGCUUUCUUUCUCAAAGCUUAUGCCCUAGCUGACUCGAGUCUUGAUUCAGAGUCUUCGAAGUAUGUGAUCAAUCUCUUGGAGGAAGCUCUUAGAUGCCCCUCAGACGGUCUUCGCAAAGGACAAGCGCUGAAUAAUUUAGGUAGCGUAUAUGUAGAUUGUGGCAAGUUGGACCUUGCUGCUGACUGCUACAAGCAUGCACUUAACAUCAAGCAUACACGAGCACAUCAAGGGUUAGCACGUGUAUAUCAUCUUAAAGAACAGCACAAAGCUGCAUAUGAUGAGAUGACAAAACUGAUAGCAAAGGCCAGGAAUAAUGCAUCUGCGUAUGAGAAACGUUCAGAAUAUUGUGAUCGUGACAUGGCAAAGAGUGAUCUUAGUUUGGCAACACAGUUGGAUCCCCUAAGGACUUACCCUUACAGAUAUAGGGCAGCAGUUUUAAUGGAUGAUCACAAGGAAGAUGAAGCAAUAGCGGAGCUUUCAAGGGCCAUUGGUUUUAAGCCAGAUUUGCAACUGUUACAUCUUCGAGCAGCAUUUCAUGAUUCAAUGGGUGAUUAUAUUUCUACCGUCCGAGAUUGUGAAGCGGCCCUUUGUCUUGAUCCUAGCCAUGCUGAGACGUUAGAGCUUUGUAAUAAAGCACGGGAGCGAAUUAAUGAACAAAAGUGAGUCAAAAACCAAUGAUCUGGUGUUUUCGGAGUGUUCCUUAUGGUGGUGGUGACAAGCCUAUUCUUGUCAACCUAUACUUUUUUACACCUCACGACCCAGUUAUCAUCAGUGCUAUUUAUCUGUUGGAUUUUGUCUCCUGAAACAGUCUGAUCUACUUAUCUUUUAGGCUAACCUUGUGGAUGUUGAAUUACAAAAGUGAAAGGGUAAGUUAGAAAGAUCAUUUUGGAUUGAAACUGAAGGGGGAGUGAGGAAGAUAGCUUGUAAAUAUAUGUACUGAAUUAUGGUUUUGCCAGCUAUGGAUGCAGAUGUCACUGCUGUUUCCAAUAUACAACACCGGCAGGGAUGGUUAUAAGUUACCACAGUUUUAGACAAACUUGUACAUGAAGGUCAGUUUGUUGUGCAACAGAUGUCAACAUGUUUGGAUUACCGGCGUGGAGCUUCCAAAAUUACUUUGAAGCAAGAGAUACACAUGUUAUUCUUUUUGCAAAAUUUCUGAACGGUAUUCCAAUCGAAGACUUAGAUAUUUACCACAAAUUUUUUGGCCUAGCAAUCGCCAAUUCACAUUGUGUUGUUUUUCAGUCCUCUCUGUUGUAUAAACACAAUUGCCUUGCAACUCCAUUUAACUGUGUAUUGUAACACAGUUCUCUUUGGAGAACUAUAUCCAUACCAGCUAUGAAAGUUUUCAUCUAUUCAAUUCGUCAA